UACACACAAAAAACAGUAAGCAUCUUAAGAGCCUAAGGUUGAAGGCAAAAUGGUGAUCAUCACUAGUCUAGAUGAGAAGGAUAACAUGGAGACCCAUCCAUACACAGAGAAGGAGCCAGAAAGGACAACACCAUCUGUCGAAGAAGCUUACUGGCAAUGGCAGCAACCACCGAGUUACCAUCAAUGGGGUCCACCACCACCGCCUGCUGAUUGGCACCAACCAUAUUCAUCAUGGGCGUCUGCAGCGGCUGCUGGCUACUAUUGGCAGUCAGACCAGGCCUCGAGACCCCAAUGGUACGAUCAAAGCUUUCAUGUGCCACCAAAUUAUGACUACUAUAGAUCGCAAUAUGGUGCAGGGAUGUCAGGGCCGACACCUGAUCAACAGUGGCACUACUGCCACCCUAGUGGUGGCCCAUUUCCAUGGUGUUCAUAUGGUUCUUUUGUAGAGGAGCCACCACCGAAACAAGCCUAUAACUUUUGCGAAAGGCCACAACAAGGUGUCCAUUCAACAUCUUUCCCAAGUUCAAGAGAUACGAUGUUUGAAAAUUUUGAGCCACAACAACAUCCAAAUUAUGACUUUUACCAAAGGCCACAACAAGGUGUCAAUCCGACACCUUUUGCAAGUGCAAGAGAUGCUACGUCUGGAAAUGAUAAGGAGUACUUGUGGUUAGGGCCAGGGAACAUGAACAUGGCAGGCACUUCUAGACUGAACACAACCACCGCGAACACGCCUGCUGCUGGUCCUUCAAGAUCAAGACCUACAGCUUCCCAUAUGCCUGGAAGUUCAAGAACAAAACCAAUGACAUCCGAGAUGCCAAUGGCAAAUAUUCCUUGUGCUUCUUCUUCAACUCCAAGGCAGAAAACAAUGGCUAGUCCUGCUGGAAACAAAGAAUCAUUGGAUGACAUGCUUACAAGAGAACUAAAACACAUAGUUAAACAAGCAAUUGGGAACUUAAUGGAGAAAAGUAACAGGGAGGGAGGAGUAGUGUUCGAUCCUACUCCAAUAAGAAUUGUAUUACCUGAGGAGGACGAGGAUAAUCGUCCACCAAGUCCUGAGGUCGGAGAAUUAGCCCUCGAAGUAGUAGAAGAAGAACCAAAGACACAGAAGAAACAGAGGGCGAAGACUGGGUUGGUUGGAAUUGAACAUCUUUCUUUCAGUGAUCGUCUCCCUGAGCCAGUAAUGCAAUCAAUAAAUGAUUUUACAUCAAAAUGGAAAGCACCAUACAAAUAUACCUUGGUUGAAAGACUGAAUGGAUGGCGUCUGGAGAGAAAACAACGAGUUAAUGCAAGAUAUGACUCGUACUAUUAUCAUGAAAUCUCGAGUGGCUUUUUCCGAUCAGUUAUAGAGAUAUCAAGGUUCGUGUUAAGGGAGGAACGCCCAAGCAGAAGGUAGAGCUUGGCGAAGGAAGAAGGUGUUAGAAAAGAAAGCAACAUAAAAACAGAAAUAUUCUAUGGUGUGAUUUUACUUCUUUUUAUAGACUUAAAAAUUUUUUAGAUGCAGCAGAACUUAAAAUCUUUCUUGAAAUUAGAUGUAAAAAUUAAAUUUUGUGAUUGAAA